AUGUUGAGCACCCUGGCUGGCAAUUCCAUUCUCUCCGCAGACGACACAAGCGCUUGUGAAGGAGACCACCGCCGGGCGCAAGAACACGUCCCCACAGAACAUCUACGGGACGUCGCAACUGUACUCGUGCGGCGCCCUGCGCGUCGCGCUGCCAAGUGUGCGUUGGUAGCUGGCAAGUGGAAGAGUGCGGCGACGGCGGGGAUGGUUUCCGGUGCCGCCACAGGGGCUAGCUUGAAUGGGGCCCAAUUCCUGAGCGAGUGGGACAAUACCUCGGGCACAGAACCCAAAGUGGAGAAGGUAUACCAGAUCUCGAUCCCCCGCGGGCCCCCUCCUGUUCCGAAUCGAUCAUUCUUUGACCCCACAUCUCUCACAAACGCAGCCGCUCCCAGCACCCGACGACCGAAAUCCGCCUCUUCCACAGCUUGCAGUGCAUCUGCGAGCUCGGCACCAAAGGGCCCUGCCCUCUGCAGUUUCCGCUCGUGCGGCAUCUGUAGCAUCGUCAAGUCGUCCUUCCACGAGUUUACGUUCGGCAAAAAGGCUAACUGCGGCCGGUGCGGCGACGGGGUAUAUGCGUUCCGGAACCCGAGCCUCGCAGAUGGGCACUCGACGUCCGCGACGAGCACGCCGUAUCGAGUGAUGAUUGCGUGCGACGCAGCUGUGGCUUCGAAUGCGGAGACGUCGAGAUGA